CAACAGACAAUAAUAACACCCAAGCCUAAAAAACGACCAAACUCAUCUGCUGACUUUGCACCUACAAUUCCAAUGCUAUAAUUUAAUCAUUGCUUUCAAAUUACAAUACGUUUAUUUAUUAUUAUUAUUAUUAUUAUUAUUAUUAUUACUUGUUAUUACAAACACUAUUCCCAGAUCGGAUCUCUCUUUCUCUCUCUUUCUUGUUCUUUAGAGACACAGAGAUAUCUCUCUCUGUCUCUAGCAAUCUCUGUAACAAUUUUCAGGUAGCUUUGGAGAUUUCAGAGUGAUUUGAAUAUAUCAGACUGGCUAUUUGAGGUCUUGACUAGUUAGGUUGCGAGAAUCAAUAUAACUUAAUUGAUUCGUAGUUCGUCUGGAGAAGCUUCAAGGAGUCUUGAGGUUAAGAUCAAUCUGAAAAUUGUAUGCUUAUAAUGUUUGUUGUGUUGGAUAAUCUUGCUAUCUGAUUUGAUGGAAACUAAAGUUGGAGUGUAUGGAUGGGUUUAAGUUAGGAUAGGAAAGGAGAUGGUCGAGCGUGAUUUGGAUACAGAAAACACUGGGUACACGGGAGUCAACGACACUCAGAGUGGCAACCAAGGUUCAGGUCUUCGCAGGGAGCCCUCAUUCUCAGGCUGGUGUGAUGAGGAUGGGAGGGUCUGUUUAAAUCAUCAAUUAGAAAAUGCUGAUGAAUGUGUAGAAGAAGACUCUGAUUUUGAGUUGCCUUUGCUUCAACAGGGGGAGAUAGAAAACCGGUUUUUGGGUAGGGAGGACUAUCAUAAGUUUAAGGAUAGAAGAAUGUACUUGAACGGUAGUAAUAAUAUGGAUGAUGCUUCCAUUUGUGUUGGGAGGAAUGAAAAUGAGAAGUAUGUUCCUUUCAAUAUUGAAAAUGGGUCUGCAAGGGAGACCAAUGGUGCCGAUGUCUCUAUGUCAAUCGGUAAUCAUGAAUCAAUGGCACCAUAUUCCAAGGAUCCUAUUUCUGUUGCCAAUGUGUUGAAGACAUUGUUUUUCAUACUUGUGUGGUACACUUUCAGUCUAUUAUUGACCAUAUAUAACAAAAGCCUGUUAGGAGAAGAUUUGGGAAAGUUCCCAGCUCCUUUAUUGAUGAAUACUGUCCAUUUUACAAUGCAAGCUGUUCUAUCAUGGGCCAUCACAUGGUUUUGGUCUCAUAGGUUUGAACCUAGCGUUGCUAUGUCAUGGAGGGAUUACUUUUUGAGAGUUGUACCAACAGCUCUUGGAUCAGCAAUGGACAUUAACCUGAGCAAUGCAUCCCUUGUAUUUGUAUCUGUCACAUUUGCCACAAUGUGUAAAUCUGCUUCUCCUAUAUUUCUCCUAUUAUUUGCAUUUGCUUUCAGGUUGGAGUCUCCAAGCAUUAAACUCUCAGGCAUCAUUUUAAUUAUCUCAGUUGGAAUACUUUUAACAGUUGCGAAAGAGACAGAAUUUGAGUUUUUGGGUUUCAUCUUGGUUAUGCUUGCUGCUGUAAUGUCUGGCUUCCGCUGGGCCAUGACUCAAAUUCUUCUGCAGAAAGAAGCUUAUGGUUUGAAAAAUCCCCUUACCUUGAUGAGCUAUGUGACUCCAGUGAUGGCAUUGGCAACUGCCUUUUUUUCUCUUAUAUUGGAUCCUUGGCAUGAAAUCAUAGGGAGCAACUACUUCAAUAGUCCAUGGCAUGUCACUCGAAGUUGCUUGUUGAUGCUUUUUGGUGGAACACUUGCCUUUUUUAUGGUAUUGACAGAAUACAUUCUUGUCUCAGUAACUAGUGCUGUCACGGUAACAAUAGCAGGUGUUGUCAAGGAGGCUGUCACUAUAGUGGUUGCAGUCUUCUACUUCCAUGAUGAAUUUACCUGGUUGAAAGGUGCUGGCCUUUUCACAAUCAUGAUUGGUGUUAGUUUAUUCAAUUGGUACAAAUACCAAAAGCUGAAGAAGGGUGAAAACAGUGAAGAUGACAGUGUGGGACCACUCACUACAAAUGUUUCUGCCAAGUAUGUGAUUAUUGAGGAGGAUGAACAUGAUGAUGGUGCUUGAGAGCCUUAGCAAUCACAUUGCUUGUAUUCGAAGUGAAGCUUGUAUGAAACACCAGUUUAGUUAGUUUCAGCUUCACAGUAUAUAUGAAAUCCUAUGUUCUUCGAGCUUUGGAUCUUGUAGUCUGUACUUCCUCUUUUGGGUUGGUGGUAAAGAGAUUGGAUGUCCUGCACUAAUAGGAGUCAAGUUAACAAUUUGUCAACGUCAACUGCCUACAUGCAAUCAACAGAUUUUGAAUGGCAAGUUUCCUUGAGCUUCCAGUUAAUAGCAAUACUUAUGCCGCGUUAGAAAAUAUUCAUCUGGAUGUCAAAGAUUGUUGCUGGUUCAGCUUUUGGCAUUAUGUUUCUUCUUCUCAAGAUAAAAGGAUUUACAUUGCAACAGGAAGCUGUCAAGAUUGAGUGCCAUUUUAUGUCUUUUUUUUUUUUUUUUUUUUCCUCCAAUUGUUCAUUAUGUUAGUUGGCGGCUUCAUUUUGUUGGAUGUAAAUAAUAAUUGCAAUGAGGUAUGGUUUAUUCCGGAAGAAAAAGUUUUUCAUAAAAUAUUCAAGUGUUGAUUUUUAACAUGAUGUUCUUAAUACCAUUGACUGUAAUAUCAUCCGUAAUGGAUACAUUGUCUUUGCAAGUUGGAGCUAGAGGUUAAGUGGCUUUUGUUUGAGGCC